UGCACUGACAGAUACAUUACAAUUUAGAUUUUCGAGAGUGUUCUGGAUACAUUUGGAAUAAUCCACUGCGUCAGGGUUGAAUGGAUAUAAUCCGCAGGCUUGGAAACCAUUUUUUAUAGUAUCAACAAGAUCUGUUCUUGUAAGUGUCUCAGCUACCAGUGGCAAUCUUCACAAUUUGUAGGGUCAGAUAACCACUCUCGAACCGUUGUUUUUCAAUUUGCUUUCAGAGGUCGAAAUACACUCACAUCAGCCGGCUGCAACAUGUGUGUUGUGUUUGGCGGAAGACCAUAUAAAAUAAUGCCAUGUUUUUCGCAAAAUUCACUUGUAUAAGUAUUUAGAUGAGACUUAUGUCCGUCAAUAAAAAGCAAUACAGGCUUUUCCACGUGAUUGUCAUCCAGCCAAUUGUUGAAUCCAUUUGAAAUGUACUCAAAAAAUGUACAACUUUUCAUCCAACCACUUUCUGAGUUCCCAAUUAUCCAAUCCGCCGGUACACUGUUUGCAACUUCUUUAGGCAUUCGAAUAUAAGGAUAAAUGAUCAUUGGAGGGGCUAGAAUUCCAUCAGCAGAAAAAACCAGUAACAAUGUUAGUGUCUCUUGGACUCCGUGUUUGACUACCGGAGGGUAAAGAUAUAGUGAAUUUACGGUGAGGCGAUUGACGGUAUACCCGCGCCUAUUAAUUAUUAUGAAGUUUAUAAUAAGUAAUUAAAUAAGUGAGAAAGUGAAUAAGAAAAGUGAAGAGAAACGAACAGAUAUUACUGAAUUGAAUUAAUUGGAUUUAUUACAAAUCCGAACUGAAUUUAAUUGAAACUAUUAACUCAGUUGAAACUGAUGUGCAAGUGGUGUAUAAACAUAACCUGUCUCUAAAGUGCGAUUUUGACCGGCAUUUGGAUGUAACGUUAUAGAGGUUAAUUGGAGCUAAUGUGGACUAUGUAAAUUGGAAAAUAAGGAUGAAUCUCUGGAUCCUGGAAGGGAAAUAAUUUAAAUAACGAAUAAACUGCGAAUUAAUUCCUACUCAACCAAAUGAUGAAGGAACGAACUCUCGAUAACAAAGGACACUAAAGGUCACAUGCGAAACAAAACACGACAUCCCAAGUUUGUAUUUAUUUCCAUAAUUUCCUGUCAUUCUGUCUGAAUUCUGUACUGUUGUAACUCUCUUGAAUUUGAAUUUAUUUACUGUAGAUUUUAGAUACAGAAACUAUGGGGCGUUUACAGGGGAAUAUAAUGGCUGAAAAUCAGACAGAUUUGAGGAAAUUGGUCUCUCGAACAUAAAUUGGUUCAUUAGUCCUUUUUUUUCUCUCUUUUUCUUUUUUGAAAUUUUUUGAAAUAGGAACUUCGUCUGGCAUAUGGUUCCAUGAUUUAUGCUUAAUUUUUUUUUCUUUAAGUUUAAGAAAUACUAAUAAUAUUGAAUGAUAAUAAUAAUAAAUAUAAUCAGUAGUUUAAAGGACAAACUUGCCGUAAACGGACAAGUUUGUUUGUGCUGAUCCAGAACUCAAUGCGAAGAAUGAUUAAAUUAAAUUAUAGUAGGAGAUUGAUUGGAUAAGUAUAUAAUUCAUAAGGCAAGAUAGCCUUAAGAAUAUUUCUAAAUUUGGGUUUGUGGUAAUGCAUCUCAUUUUAUACGGCAAUUGAAUUAUAUUAAGAAAUCGAGAACAUUUUAAACAAAUUAAUCUAAUAUGUUGUUGAAAUAAAUAUAAUAAAGGGCACUACAAAGGGAUAUGAUUAGUCUGGACAAUUCUUUCUUUGCUUGUUCUUUUAGAGGAAACUGAUUUAAGGGACUGGGAACAAGGUGUUGAUUUGAAUAUUGAAUAAAGAGUUAAUGAAUUUAAUAAAUUAAGAAUAGUAACUAAAGUUUAAACUCAAUCACAAGAUGGAUAAUAAUAAUAAAAUUUCAGCUAAGGCAGGAAGGGGAAAAGGCUCACCUUCAAAUAAAGGGGAUACGAUGACUAAAUACAAUGCGAAGGGCAGAGGUUUCCUCCUACCAGGGCAGGAGUCUCAUCCACUCCAGGAUCCUGGCUCUCGACCGGGAUCCGCUCUGUCAAGUUCUACGGUAAUGUCUCCCUCGGAGAGACUAAAAUCAGUUACAGAACAACUAGCCGAAAAUAUAUUGGGUAUUGGGGAGAGAGGAACCAGAUCUUGGACGGAGGACUUGCUGGGAGACUUUAAGGGUAACAAAAGAAUACCAGACAUUUAAGAAAGCGCACAAGGGAAACAAAACAACGAGAGAUCAGUGACAGCAAUAACAAUAGCAGAAAUCCUAAUGAAAAAGAGGGUAAGCGGAUAAAGGAAUUCAAUCAACUGACAGGCGAAUUUUCAUCACCCUCACAAACCAAUAAGAAAAGUGUUGCUGAUCCUCUGCAACAGUUUGAACAAUUACCACAGACCUCAAAUCAAGUUACGGGAGAGGGAGGAAAAGAGUUCAAUCGGUCACAGUAUGAUCACCCCUUUACAGAAACACAAGUUUACACAGCGAGUUCACGAGAUUCAUUUCGUGAAUGGGUAAGAGACGAGGAAGACCAGCAAUUAGUUCAAUAUGAUGAUUACAAUGAAGCACCAUAUCUGGUGCUCCUAGAAUCAUUUGAUCGGGAGCGGAAUGUAGGCAGAUAUGACCCCGUGGUUCUGGGGAAAUUAAUAUCUGAAAUUAUUAAGGGAGAAAGAAGGAUCUUCCAAAGUGGGUAAAACCAAGUGAAAAUUUGGUGCUCAAUGUUGAAUGAUGCAAACCAACUUCUUAAAUCCUCCGUUCUGACGGCAAGAGUUUCAGAGAUCAUAGAGAAUAUGGAUGAAGAGGAAAGGAGCACCAUAGUGUCAGCACGCAGAAGGCAGAGUAGGAGAAAUGGCCAACCGCAGGACAUUAUUGACUUAGUGUUUUCAACAACCCAUGUACCAAGAAGCCUUUUUAUCUGGAGUGUCCGGAUUUUUGUCACUCCUUCAAUACCAUCACCUAAGAGAUGCUUCUACUGCCAACACUUUGGUCAUGUUUUGAAUCAAUGCAGGUCUGGUCAUCCUAACUGUGAAUUUUGCGCAGAGAGGCACGAUACGAAGAAAUGCAAUAAUCCAAGACCAGGGAAUAUCUGCUUUAACUGCUCCGAGGAUCACAAGGCGUCAUCAAGGGACUGCCCUGUGUAUAAAUACGAGUUCCAGUUGAUGAAGGAGAGGUACCUUCAUAAUAUCUCUAAAGAGAUGGCUUAUGAGAAGUUAAAUGAUCUUGGAUGGGUUAACCCAAGAAAUUUUUUCAAUCGAAGCUCAUCAUCAUCAAAUAGUUCAACAUCUCCAUCUGAAAAUAGUAGCGUGAAAGCCAACAAAGAACAACUAGGAAACAGAACAACUAAUAUAAGCACUGCUCAAUUAGAACAUUCAAACAGACAAUUAACAAACAAUAUAACGGGAUCUGAGGCAGCAGCAAGAGCGCAUUUGGGCCUUCUCAAUACACAAGAAAUGGUGGAUGAUGAUCUGGUAAAUGAAAGUGCAUCCGCGAGAAGACAUCUUACACAAGAAGAGGAGAAGGAGAGUGAAGAGGAAGAGUGAGAUAAUCGAGAGAAAAAUCGUCCAUUUAGUAGUGCCUAAAUAUACUUUAAGUUCAAUUGAUCAAAUAAAAUAAAUAAAAUACUCAGUGUGUUAUAAGAACUGAAAUUAAAUUAAAUUAAAACAAAUUUAAUUAUUGAAUUAAUUAAUAUUGGACUGGCAUUAUAAUUUAGUUUAGUUUAAUUUAAUUAAUUGAUUUAUAAUAGGAGAAAAAGAAAAGUUAAAGUGCUGGUGAAAAUACGUAUAAAAUAAACUAACGCAGUGACUUAUUGGUAGAAUAAAAUCACGAGUUAUUGUUGAUGAAACCGUUGUUAAUUAUAAUUGCUUUAUAUUGAGUUACAUUAAUUUAGUUUAAAUUAUAGACUUUAGUUCUGGUUUUGGUUUAAUUAGUUUGUAUAUAAUUGAGAACAUUUUAGUUAUAACUGAGUUAACAAGGCUGGACACAUUGAUACAAAAUGGUAUUUGUUCAACUUAGUAAAUAAUUUUAGGUCUAUGAGUGCGAGAAGGAAACCGAUAUUAUUAGAUUGUCGUUAGGAUAUUAGUUAAAUAAACAAUGAACAUAAAUAAGAACCUCACUUGUGCUACUUGGAAUGCACGAAGUGUUAAAAAUAAAAAGAUAGAGGUGGAAACUCUAGUUUUCCAAAAUAAUCUA